CAGAGCCUCGACGCGCACGGCCGGGUCCAGCAUCAAGAUGCCCCUGCGCCCGCGCGCACACGUCGUCUGUACCGAGUGCCACUCUCGCAAGGUCAAGUGCGAUCUCCAGGCACACCCGGACGGCCCGUGCCGCCACUGCCGACGCUCCGGCCAGCCAUGCGUCCCCCGCGAUGGCGUCCGCAAGAAGACGCGACGGACCACAACCUCAACAGGAUUCCAAAUUGACGGCAGGCGCAGCGUGACUGCUGGGCGGCAAAGCCUGUCGCACACCGAAAGCCAACACACGUCCCGGCCCAGUUCGAAUCCCGUCACUCCCCGCCCUACCGCCUUCGUCUCCUCCAGUCCUGUCCUGCAGGACACCACGGCCGACACCAUCGGCCACUGUGCAACCGAGUAUUAUGGACCCCAUGCAGAGCUCAUCUCUACGUCCACCGAGAAUGGCAUCCUCGCAGCGCCUGAUUGGCGAGGUCACAUCUUUGCUUCCAUCCAGGCACACGUCCUGCCUCGGCCGACACUCCAGCACGCAUGGACAGACGCCUACUUGAACCAGGUCUACUACCAUUGCCCAGUAGUAGAUCGUCAUGAAAUCCAGGCCACGGCACAUGAUGGCGAUGGCAGCAGUAUCGCGGCUGAGACCACACCACCAAUCAUCCUUCUGAAAGCCGCCGCCUUGGUGGGUAUGGCCGCCAUGCACCACCCUUCGCACACUACCUUCCUCCGGGAGGGCUACGAGCGCCUCAAAGUUCUCAUCACGCUCGGCUUCGAGACGGACCGCCUCAACAUGCUCAAGGCGCUGUGUCUCAUCUCGUGCCAUGGUUCUGUCCCGACAUCGCCGUCCGCGACGGGUGCAGCUGGCACGGGCGAGCUACUGAAUGGGCCUGGGCAUUGGACUGAUAUUGCGAUUCGGCAGAUGCUGCUGAUGGGACUACACCGGCGGGGCGCGUAUGCUGCCGGCGGUGGUCAAGAGUCAGAGGAGGUGGCGAGGCGGAGAGCGGGUGGCUGGAGGCGGAUAUUCUGGUUUCUGCAUAACUGUGACAUUUUCCAGUCUGCCUGUGGCCGCCGGCCAUACCUCCUCCUCCAUGCCGCGGGAUACGACGUGUCCUUGCCCACACUAGACGACUUUGUCAUCCUCACCCCUGCCGACCGCCUGCACGCGCUGGUCUUUCUCGAGACAACCAAGCUGUACAUCAUCAUGGGCAAGGUCGUGGCCCUCCAGCAGCAGCAGAAGCAGCAGCAGCAAGCACAACCUGGCCCACAAGCAGGGCCGCCAGCCACAUCGGCACAGCAACACGUCGAUAAGAUCACCAAGGAGCUACAAGCAUGGCUUCAAAGCCUGCCCGACGAACUUGUCCUCUUUGACUGCCCGAUGGAAGCGCAACGACAACAGCAACAACACCAGCGUCAAGCAUACAGCCGCCCAGUGUCAGAGCUGAUGAUCCUGUACUUCGUCUCAAUAGUGUACCUCGAAACCGUGCGCCCGACACACACACCCCCAAGAGCAGAAGCUGGUUUCCCACCGCCGCCGCCGCCGCCGACGCCGACGCCCCCUAGAAGAGCAUUCUCCACCACGUCCCUCCUCGCCUCGUCCUGCGCCGUCGCCCUGCUCGACGAGAUGCUCGCGCGCAACGACGCGGCGCGCCUGCCCUGGCAGACAGGGAGCUUCUGCCUCGUGCUGGCGCUGCCGCUGAUACACCAUGUCGCUCCUCCCCAUGGUCUGCAUGGUGCUGGUAGCUGUCUUGCGGGCGACGAUGCCGAAACCAUUUGGAAGGCGAGGAGGAACGGCGAGCUGGAUACGCUGCGCAGCGUGAUGCGGGACCUCAGGCCCACGUAUGGCGACGCGGAGACCGUGGUGCGGAUGAUCUCGGGGCUGCAGGCGAGUCAUGAUAGCUCGAACUCUGCGGGGGCCGCGGGACUGCGUGCCAACAGUGAAGAAGAAGGGGGAGAGGGGGAGGUAGAGGUAGAAGCGGAGGUGCAUAGGUCAUGUGGUGGGCCGCCGGCCAGCAGGGAGUUGUUCCCGUUCCCGCGGUGGUUUUGUGAGAACAUGGUGCUGCUCGACCACGUCUGCGACUCGGGUACGGGAAUGGCUGUUCCAAUUACAAGUGCUGGGUGCGGGAUGCUGCCGGCGGAUGCGGCUGGUGGGACGGCGGGCUCCGAGGUCUUGGUGGAGUGGAGGGGCCCUGCUGACGACGCGAUGUUUGAGUUCUCGCUGAUGGAUCUGUACGGAAUGGACUUUGGUCACAUCCUGUUCUAGGAUCCGGAGGUUUUAUAUUGGCGUAUUGCUACAUCGGCAGUGUUCAAGCGGGCAUGCUAGGUGGAUUGAGUCUGGAUCUGGUCUAUCCACAUACAGAACGCAGCCUGGGGGGCGAGUUGUUUGCGGGUCUGGUGUAUGCUUUGAUUUGGGCGCCGAAGAGUAAUGACUAUUUCUGAACAUGAAUCACCAAAGACGGCGUGGCAUCCAGUAUCAAGAUGUCUUACAGCUCCUAAGGCAGAGGUAACUUUCCGUCUAGCCCAAUCGCGCUGUCUCCACACUUUCCACACUUUCACCUGUGUACAGCGAUAUACUGAAACCAAUCACUUGAACUCGAACAUUGUACUACUUUUGUUUUGUAAGAAUGCUAUACUCGUCCAGCUUUUGGUUCGUAUUUCAAAUUAUACAGGCAGGGUUCCGUUCUCAAGAAGAUGAUAUAAGAUGGAAAGAACAUGAAAACAG